CCAUUAAAUAUCAAGGGAUUCAUUUCUACUCCAACUUUACACUAGCCAUGAAAUGCACCACGAGCACGAACAACUAGCUAGCUAGAUAGCGCGCUUGCUGAGCGUAACGUUUGGGACUUGAGCACGUCGUUCAAGCCUAAAUAAUGGAGGAGAAGGAGCGCUUUGCCUUCCUGACCGACUGGUACGACCCGGCGGCAUCACUCCUACGGCGCUACCAGCUCUUUUACUAUCCCCAUGACCACUCUGUGGAGAUGUUUGACGUGAAGAACCAGCGCAUCUUUCUGAGGCGGACCAAAUAUGAAGACUUGCACCAGAGGGAUUUGUUUGUGGGCAACCGGGUCAACGUCUUUGCGCGGCAGCUCAACAUCAUUGACUACGCCGACCAAUACACGGCCAGCAAGCUGGGAAGCAAAAAAGAACGGACCCUGGCGUUGCUUAAGCCGGACGGCGUCAGCAAGAUCGGAGACGUGCUGGAAAUGGUCGCCCAGACCAACCUGAUGGUCACCAACGCCAAGAUGACACACUUGACAUGGAGCCAAGCUGCAGACUUUUAUGUGGAGCAUCAGACAAAAUCCUUCUUCAAUUCCUUAGUGCAGCAGCUUUCGUCUGGUCCCGUGAUAGCCAUGGAGCUGGUUGGAGAUGAGGCCGUGUCUGUCUGGAAGAACCUCCUGGGAGCCUCGGAUGUGGCGGCGGCGCACAAGGAGACGCCACAGAGCGCCCGGGGGCACCUUGGAACCGAUAUGGCCCACAGCUCCGACUCCCUCACCGCUGCAGCCAGAGAGCUGGAGUUCUUCUUCCCGACCACCAUCUGCCACGGGCCCGUCAACACAGCGGAAUAUUCCCAGUGCACGUGUUGCAUAAUCAAACCACACGCCGUCUCACAAGGGCUGGCCGGCAAGAUCAUCAACGCCAUCGCUGCGGCGGGCUUCCACAUCUCAGCUCUGCAAAUGUUCAAAGUGGACCGAGCCAACGCCGAGGAGUUCUACGAAGUAUACAAAGGCGUCGUGGCGGAAUACAUGGACAUGGUGACUGAGCUGUCUCUGGGACCAUGCUUGGUGCUGGAGCUCCACGGCGCCGACGUAGCCAAGGCCUUCCGUGACUUCUGCGGUCCUGCCGAUCCGGCCAUUGCUCGCCACCUCCGUCCGUCCACCCUGCGAGCCAUUUACGGCAUCGACAAAGUGAAGAACGCCGUCCAUUGCACAGAUCUUCCUGAAGACGGCAUCCUGGAGGUGCAGUACUUCUUCAAGAUCUUGGAUAGCUGAUCACAAUCACGACACGUCAAGACUUUAUCCUUGAUGAACUUCUGACCAGAAGACUCCUGACUAGUAUGUGGAUUAUUAUCGUCAUUUGAGGCCUGACCAAAUAAUGCGGCAAUACUUAGCACCUUUGUUUGCAUAGAAUAUUUUAAGAUGUUCUCUUCAUUAUUUUACUCAUUCUAAUCGCUUAAACGUAAAUUGAACUUUAACAAGGUCUUGGACAGUUGUGGGAAAAAAAAAAACGGACAAACUUGAAUUUGUUGUUGUUUAUUGUUUCAGCCAGAUUAAAUAAAGUGACCAGAAGACUUCUGACAGUGUUUAGAGUUUCUUCAUUUUCUUUUUUUUUUCUUAAUUUUCUCAACAUAUAACGGGAUACUGCAUUGAUACUCUUUUGAAAUUCUUUUUUCCAACCAGCGACUACUUUGGUAUCAGAUUUAAAACAUGACAUUUCUGAAAGUGAAAUAAAAUGUACAACUGCAUAAAUAUAAAAUUCUUGCACCAUGAACAUGGCUAAAACAUUCAACAGGACUGCUAGGAACUACAAAAAAAACUACAAACAACAGAUGGAGGGGAAUGAAAAGCGUACAAAUGAUGGAUCCUUCCUUGAUGGUAUCCAGUACCGCGCUAGUAUUUCAGUUAGUUGCACACGCGCAGACACACUCACGCAGAAGCGGACGAGACGAGAUUUUACGACACAAACACGUCAGUAGUAAUAAGUAGUAGUAGUAGUAGUAGUAGUAGUAGAAGUGGAGUUUCUUUUUUUUUUUUUUUUAAUUACCUCAGACAGUAUGGAUGCGUCUAUACGGCUCUGAAGGAGUGAAAUUCAUCAUGUACAGCAGAAUAAAUAUGAUUUGAUUUGCUAUUGCUACGCCACAUCCUAAAACCGUGGACAGACACGAAAAGCCCAUGUGGGAAUGAAGCGCGCACCUUUUUUUUUUUCAAAUGGAAUACAAUCCUGUAGAGCAGUGAUUCUCAACUGGUGGUACAGCACCUAAAAGUGGGUUGAGGUGGCGGGCGGGGAGUAGAAAAUGGCAGAGGCGCCCUCAGUUUACGGUGCUGACGUAUGGCAGUGUAGGAUAGAAUUAGAAUUUUUAAGGACGAGUUAAAAAUAAAAAUUGUUGGCAAAAAAAAAAA